AUGGCGACCUCUUCGAGUACACAGCCACCGGCCAAAGAAACGAGGAACUGGCUCGAACUGCCACGAGAUGUGACGACGAUGAUACUGAACAAGCUUGGAGUGAUAGAGAUUCUGACUAGUGCACAGAAGGUAUGUAUGACGUGGCGUAAGAUCUGCAAAGAACCUUCGAUGGGGAGGACCAUCGAAAUACAUAAUUUGAAGGAUGGGGGCAUCUUUUACGAUCUCGAGAAGAUGGUGAGGCACGCCAUCAAUCCUAGUUGUGGACAGUUGGUCGACAUCAAAAUCCAGUUUUUCGGAACUGAUGAGCUUCUUCAGUACAUCAUUGAGCGGUAUCACACUCUCAUUUAG